AGAGGAAGGACCCAAAGGCAGGCGAAGACGGGCGAGGGAAAGAAGGAGGGGGCCUGGCUCUGCCAAAGGGGCGUCUACGCCAGCCGCCUGCCUUUCGCCUGACUGGAUUCUUUGCUGCGUCUCUGUGUGUGUCCUCCGCCGGUGAUGCUCCUCAGGCGGGAGGAGGGCUCGGCGGGGAAAGGCCAGGCGGAGGAGGGAGCCGGAGCCCGGCGGGGAUGAGGCCUCGGCAGCCCCAAGGAGGCGGGGGCCAGGCCCGAGGAGAAGGAGGCCGAGGCCAGGGCGACAGCCACCUCGGAAGGCGCCCGGCCUGAAGCAGCCCCGGAGGAGGAGGAGGAUGUCGGAGCAGCCCGAGGCGGAGAGGAUGAUCAGGGAAACGUCUAUUUUGGAAGAAUACCACAUUAACUGGACUCAGAAGUUGGGAGCUGGCAUCAGUGGCCCAGUCAGGGUCUGCAUGAAAAAGUCGUCUCAAGAACGGUUUGCGCUGAAAAUCCUUCUUGACCGCCCCAAAGCUAGAAAUGAGGUCCGGCUUCACAUGAUGUGUGCCAUGCAUCCCAACAUUGUCCAGAUAAUCGAAGUCUACGCUAACAGUGUGCAGUUCCCUCACGAGUCCAGUCCAAGGGCCCGGCUCCUCAUUGUAAUGGAGAUGAUGGAAGGAGGUGAACUCUUCCACCGAAUCAGCCAACACCGGCACUUUACGGAGAAGCAAGCAAGCCAAGUCACAAAACAGAUAGCUUUGGCUUUGCAACACUGUCAUUCGUUGAACAUUGCGCAUCGAGACCUCAAGCCCGAGAACCUGCUUUUCAAGGAUAAUUCUUUGGAUGCUCCGGUGAAGCUCUGUGACUUUGGCUUUGCCAAGGUGGACCAGGGAGACCUGAUGACGCCACAGUUUACUCCAUAUUAUGUUGCACCUCAGGUACUCGAGGCACAGAGAAGGCAUCAGAAGGAAAAGUCCGGCAUCAUCCCUACCUCACCAACACCCUACACAUAUAAUAAGAGCUGUGAUUUAUGGUCCUUGGGCGUCAUUAUCUACGUGAUGCUUUGUGGCUACCCACCUUUCUACUCCAAGCACCACAGCCGGACGAUUCCCAAGGACAUGCGGAAGAAGAUCAUGACGGGGAGCUUUGAGUUUCCCGAAGAAGAGUGGAGCCAGAUCUCUGAAAUGGCAAAAGACAUUGUGCGCAAGCUACUGAAGGUCAAGCCCGAGGAGCGACUGACCAUCGAAGGCGUCUUGGACCAUCCCUGGCUGAACUCCACCGAGGCUUUGGAUAACGUCUUGCCCUCGGCACAGCUCAUGAUGGACAAGGCGAUGGUGGCGGGGAUCCAGCAGGCGCACGCCGAGCAGCUGGCCAACAUGAGGAUCCAGGACCUCAAAGUCAGCCUCAAGCCCCUCCAUUCCGUCAACAACCCGAUCCUGCGCAAGCGGAAACUCCUGGGGACGAAGCCCAAAGACAGCGUCUACAUCCACGACCCGGAGAACAGCAGCGAGGACUCCAACGUGGCGCUGGAGAAGCUCCGCGACGUCAUCGCCCAGUGCAUCCUGCCGCAGGCUGGUAAAGGCGAGAACGAAGACGAGAAGCUGAACGAAGUGAUGCAGGAAGCCUGGAAGUAUAACCGGGAGUGUAAAUUGUUACGAGAUACGCUCCAGACCUUUAGCUGGAAUGGCCGAGGCUUCACGGACAAAGUGGACCGGCUCAAACUGGCCGAGAUUGUGAAACAAGUCAUCGAAGAGCAGACCAACUCCCACGACUCUCAAUAGCCGGUGCUGGCUAUUCCCAGCCGCGACGAUACCACCCCCACCCGCAUUAUUUUUAACCCUUCGAGAAUCUUCCUUUACAACUGUAAAAAAGAAAAGAAAAAGGAGUAUUUUUUAAUGUAAAUUAAAUCCUUAUUUCCUGAAAUUUUUCCACGCAGCUCGACGAGAGGCUGUAAAGAUGUAGAUAACAAGAAUCACUGGUACUGUAAUAUUUUUUAAAGACUCGGCUCCUCUACAUGUGGACAUAUAUCUGUUCAUGGAUAUGAAUGAAUAUAUAGGGGGUCUAUAUAUAUUCAUAUGUGUGUGUGCAUAUAUGUCGGAACAUAUAGAGCUAUCAAUGCAUAUAUAUAGAUAUAUAUAUAUAGAUAUAUAAAUGAUUUUUAUGUACCGUUGAAUUUCUGAUUCUGUUCAAUGGGGCAAAUUAAUACCGAUUGUGUUCUCUUCCAUAACUAGAUACGGUUGUCCCCCUCCGGCGGCUUGUAUGGAAUGGCACCGGCCCACAACGGGGAAUGUUGCUCUCUUUCUAUUUGCAUACUUGACGUAAGAACCGGAGGGAUGGGAACAGCAUGGUUGUCCUUCCUCCUUGUCUUCCAAGGCAGCCGCAAGGUAGUCCGCUCUCGGCCCUGUCUGCCUCGGGUCUUCCGGCCUUCCAUUGCAAGCCUUUGUUCCCGCUUUGAGGACCGGGAACCGUCCUCUAUAGUCCUCUUGUUUCUCUUACCAUCUCUGUUGACAAAGAAUCUGUACCGAAGUCUCGUCUUCGAUCUUUUUGUUUUUCAAGACUGGGCGGUUUUGGUGCCCUUUCGCCGCUUGCGGCAAGAACUUUGGAUUUGUGGGCUUCCUCCGCCCCCCACUUUUACAGUUCACUGACUUCCGUGUUUUCCUGAGCUGUAUCAUCCCAUGUUUGGUUCUUCCUAGCUGCCAUCUUUCCGGGGAUGGUGGAGGUUGUAGUACAAGCCAGAUCCCAAGCUACGGAGACUGGGCUUUGUUUAGUUUAGUCUGCAUGUGUCAAACACAAGGCCCACGAGCCGAAUCUGGCCCGCAAGGCUUCCAAUGCCAGAGCAAUACAGUCUGUCAUGACCACUCAUGCCAUGCAGCUAUCAGCCCUGACAUUGAGCACAUGGUCGUGGGCCUAAAGGGAGGACAGGAUACGAGGGUUAUCCAGAAAGUUCAUUACGUUUUGGAAUUAAAAAUAAACAAAGUAUAGGAGAAAACAUUUACCAUAUUCAGUUGAAAGCCAGACCCAAAUACUAGUUCUCACCAUAGUCCCCAUUGAAAUCUAGGCAGUUAUCAUAGCGAUAAAAGUGUUUGAAAAGCCCCCCCCCCCCCAACAUUCCCACCUGGCUUGUGUCCUGAACCAGGCUGGCUUCCCUUCCCUCAGCUGUCAUGUGCUGCGAUCAGCUCUUUUGUUUUGCAAAUGCUUGCAAGGAAGGUUUUUUGGGACAGGAAAGGUGUGCUUCUUGCAAAACCUUAGAAGAGCACCUUCCUUGCAAGCAUCUGCAAAACAAAAGAGCGAUCCAGGAAGAUUGUGCGGAAAGCUGAGCUCAGCACUUGACAGCUGAGGGAAGGGAAGCCAGCCUGGUUCAGGAUGCAAGCCAGGCAGGAAUGUUGGGGGGGGAGGGCUUUCCAAACACUUUUAUCGCUAUGAUAACUGCCUAGAUUUCAAUGGGGACUAUGGUGAGAACUAGUAUUUGGGUCUGGCUUUCAACUGAAUAUGGUAAAUGUUUUCUCCUAUACUUUGUUUAUUUUUAAUUCCAAAACGUAAUGAACUUUCUGGAUAGCCCUCAUAAUAAUAAUAACAAUAAUAAUAAUAAUAAUAAUAAUAAUAAUAAUAAUAAUAAUAAUAAUAAUGAUGAUGAUGUUUAUUUAUAUCCCGCCUCCACCUCCCCCGAAGGGGACUCGGGGCGGCUUACAGCAAAAUCAAAAUACAAGCAAUGAUAAAAUAUAAAACAUCAAAGGACAAAAACAAAAACCAAUAAUAAAAUAUACACAAUAGGUGAAAAAAGACAGGAUGCUGCAAGAACAUAUCAACCAGCCAUCAAAGUCAAUUGGAUAAUGUACAGAUAUCUGUAUCAAUGUAGAACAACAAUGUAUGUACGUAUACACUCUAUAUUGCAGAAGAUGUAACUGGGAUAUAAUUUCUACAACUUUGAGAGUAAGUUACUUCGAACUGUAUUAUUUGGAAUAAAAGUACAUCCAAGGAGACAAAAGCAAAAGUACAUCUUCUACAAGUAAUAUAGAGUGUAUACACACAUACAUUGCUGUUUUACAUAAAAGUCAAUUGCCCUGAGAUGGCAGAAGGUGGGCUCUGGUAUGUGGAAAGGGAAGGCGCCAGGACUUUUGGGUGAUUUAUGACAUUGUAGCUAAGGCCCUAUAUAGAUGGGAAGUAGUGCUAGAUUCUUGUAUUUUGAACUAUAAAGAUGUAAUAAUAAUAACCAUCAUCAUCAUAAUCUUUAUUUAUAUUCCACCCUAUCUCCCCGGAGGGACUCAGGGCGGAUUCCAAACACAAAAGGCUAUUAUUAUUAUUAUUAUUAUUAUUAUUAUUAUUAUUAUUAUUAUUAUUAUUAAUAUUCCACCCUAACUUCCUGGAGGGACUCAGGGGGAAUUCCAAACACAAAAGGUAAACAUUCAUAAUAAUAGUAAUUAUUAUUAUUUAUAUUCCACCCUAUCUCCCCAGAGGGACUCAGGGUGGAUUCCAAACAUAAAAGGCAAACAUUCUUCAUAAUAAUAAUAAUAAUUAUUAUUAUUAUUUAUAUUCCGCCCUAUCUCCCUGGAGAGACUCAGGGUGGAUUCCAAACCUAACAGGCAAACAUUAAAUGCCCAAACACAACAACAUAAUAACAAAAAUUGACAACCCAAGAUAUAAAAACAAAUUAUGACUUCACAACUAAAAUUAAAUUAAAAAACCUGUUAUUAUCAGAUAUAAAACAAAACAUCAAACAUUGAAAAGAAGCCUUCCCAGUUCCUUGGAGGCAAAUAGAUUUAUCAUUACUCAAGUUUGAAUAAUAAAUAAAUAAAAUAAGAUGUCUAUUUUGCUGGUGGGGCGAACAUGUCUGGCAUCUUCAGCCCCUGUGUGUGUUGGCAUGUUCUUUCAAGCAAAGACGAAACCCAUAGCAACACAGUUGGAGCAAAGAACCCUUACUAUUUGUUCGGAAUGCAAGAAUCUAGCAUUACUGCCCAACUAUAUAGGGCCUUAGCUACAAUAUCAUCAAUAACCCAAAAGCCCUGGCACAUGGUGCCUUCCUUUUCCCACAUACCAGAGCCCACCUUCUCCCACCUCAGGGCAAUUGACUUUGGCUAGUUCAUAUAUUCUUGCAGCAUCCUGACAUCCCUUUUGGCCAACGGACAUGUACAACGGACAGGGCUGUUAGUUUCAUGGCAUGAGCGUCUCACGAACCACUUUUUGAAGGCAACCAUAAGGUUGACGUAGCCCUUGGUGAGAAUGAGUUUGGCAGCCCUGGUUUAGUUUUUUGUCUCUGAUCGGAAAGUGCAGACUGUUUGAGGUGGGUGAGCCAGUAAUCUGGCUCGAGUUUAGUACCCCAACAGGUUGGAACAAGGGGAACCGAGGCAUCAAAACAGUAUGUUCGCAUUAGCAAGGAAACACUCCUUUGGAGAUGCCCUCAGGGAUAAAGGUGUCGAUUGAAACAAGUGAUUUUUUCCCUUGCCAGUUGCAGGAAAGGUUGAAAGGGAAGCAGAGUCUCUCUGCUUCGACGCAACCUGCCGAAGCAAAAAGAUAUCCUUAUGUUUGUCCUUGGGAAAUGAAUUGCACUUCCAGUAUAGCAGCCGUCCAAAGCUGCUGAUGCUCCUCCUAUUCUUGUAGUACAGAUAUAUCUCUGUUAACAAAGUCAGUGUGUUCCUGAGCAUAAACAAAACCUCAGGGGAAGAAUAGGGAAAGAGUUCUACACCCAGUUCAGAGCUAACUUUCUUCUCAUGGAUUUGGAGUGAGACAUCCAGGUCAGGGAAGUCUUCCAUAAGUCAUUUGAAGGCCGCUUCCAGGAAGAAACAGUCUUUCCCACUCGCCACCACUUUUCUUUCCAUUCCCAGUUUGGUGGUUAACCUUCCAGAUCGACGUGCUGAUGAGACAGGCUGGCUUGUUCUCCGCAUGCCUUCCAGUUUGCUGUUCAUGCUCUCUCAGGGUUCUAGGGGGCAGCUGCUCUUUCCUUGGCCUGUUCUAGGUUGGCACACUACAGCCGAAUCCUGAUCUUUCUCAGCUUAGGCUUUGUUUACAUGCAUUUCCAAGCCCAUUAAACAGGCAAGUUCUUUGGGGCCGCUCUUCUUGCGUAUGUUUCCCUGAUCUUACGAGACAAACAAACUCUGGAGGGCGGUCGUGGCACUGAGAUGCCCCAGGAGGGUGGCAUUCCUUCCUCUUGAACCCCCUCAAAGCAAUGUUGUGUUCCAUGGUUAGGUGUGAAGUUUUGGCUCUCUUGCUUUGUUGAUCAUAGGCAGAGCAGGAGUAGCAUGCCUUUCUGGGUCGUCUUCUGAUCAGAAGGUGUUUUUUAGGGCUAGGCAGAUAACAGGCAGGAAAAUGGGAUGGUGCCAUCCCAACAGUCUAAGGUUCGCCCAUUCCGUGGAGGGCAUACAUUGGGGAGCAGGCCUCUAGAGAAGCCCUCCAUAUGGCCACGAAUCUCCGGUCGCCCAUGAGGGACGACAGAGAGGCCAACACAACUGGAGAUAUUACAUGGAAAAUAGGAUUUCUUCUUUGGGAGGCAAUCUUUUCUGAAUAUACCUGAUGGGUAUCAGCUUCUUCCAAUCACUGGCUGUCCGAAAAUGCAUUCAGAGUUACAAGGCAAUGUUUUCUGUGUUUUGUUUUCCCUCUUACGAAUUGUGCCGCAGCGCACCUUUGGAGGAAGAGUGCUCUGCCGACUUAGAACUGACGUGAAAAACUGGUUUAGCUUAGGGCUUUAUUUUGCCAGAAAUGCCGGCACAGGUCCAGGGGAGACAAAUUUGAGGGCGGAAAGGGCAAAGUAUCCAUUGUUGACAUCCCGCUGUUCUGUGUUCGACAAUGAUAAUCCAGCCUCGCCACCCUGAUUGUGUGUUUCCUUAUUUUCCCAGUGUAUUCUUCUGCCGUAUCAUGGUUUUGUUUUUGCUCCCCCCCCCUUUGAAUCAGUAUUAUAUAAAUGUAAAUAUGAUGCAUUGGUGUAAAUAAAUUUUACUAAAAUUUAGCAAA